UGAAAUUUUAAAGAUUUGUCAGGGUAAUUUUCCCGUUUUUUCCCCGAUGAACGUUCCGAGAAUUAAUUAACCAUACAAAAAGUACAUUAUAAUGCAAUACCACUCAUUAAAACAUAAACAAGAAACGGCUUGAUCUGGAACUAUCUGUCAACAAUGGGUCACAUGAAAAAUGUCUAAUAUAGUUCAAGACGUCAGCAAAAUUUGGAGUAGACUAUUUGAUCACAAGGCUUUUGUGGGUGGCGAGAUAAGUUUCACGUUACAGGAGUUUGAGAAGAAGCGCGGCGAAAACGAAGUGGACAAGCUGUUCACAACCAUCGAGGUAAUAGCGGAUCUCAGAGACUCUCAGGUGGACAGACUGAAAGAGGCCAUAGAUGACACAGUACCAAAUACAUUUAAUGAUAUAGAGGAAGCUUUGUAUUUAUGUGAAAACUUCUCUAAACUCGAAGAGCAAUACAAAAAGGACACCACACUUGCUGAUAAUCACCAAAAAAGAAAGACAGAACUCAACAAAUUUAUGGAUGAUAUCACCAACAAAUAUACAGAAAUCAACAGCAAUUUCGAAAACAAGAAACAGGAAUUGAAGAAAAUUUAUGAAGAUUUGGAGAACCAACUAAAACUGCAAUAG